GAGAAUUUUGUAGCCAAUCCUUCAACCUGUAUCACUGGACACACUGGAUUUCAGUCUAUGUCAGUGAGGGAUUGGUUCUCUUUCUUUCAGGAACACAAUUUAGAUAUACCUGUUUGGUGAGCUUGGCUUAAAGAAGAACACAGACAAAAGUUAAGUCACCAAGAGGAGUGAGCCACAUGCCUGUUGCUUCUUGCUGUUAAGCUGUCACCGCAGUGCUCUCAGAGGACAGAAAGUGAUGCUUCGCUGGGUCUUGUUCGUUUUGUUCUUUGGUAUCUGUGCCGCUGCCGUAAAACAGAAGGCAAAGGUAACAAAGCCUCCGAACUUGUCGAGAGGAUGGGGGGACGGCAUUACCUGGGUGAAAAAUUAUGAGGAAGGACUGUCAAAGAUGGUUAAAAGUAAGAAGCCUCUGAUGGUCAUCCAUCACAGGGAAGACUGCCCGCACAGUAAAGAACUGAAGAAGGCCUUUCUUGCAAAAAGGUCCGUCCUGAAAAUGGCCAAAGAGGAUUUCAUCAUGCUCAACGUGGUGGAAGAGAUUCCAGACGUAAAUAUGGCCCCUGACGGCUACUAUGUCCCCAGAAUCCUCUUUGUUGAUCCAACCAAGGUUGUGCGCAACGACAUCAUGGGAAAAUACAGCGACUACCGCUUCAACUACAGGGCUGACGAUAUGGAGCUUUUGAAAUUAAACAUGAUGAAAGCAAAACUCCCUCUGGACUUGCGCACUGAACUCUAAGUUGACUCCAACUGGCCACAGGUUUCUACCAAUCCAUCAGCCGUCCUGGACGCCCUGCUCAGUGAUCAGCACAGAAAUGUUUACAUGUUGUUCAGAGCUCAAUAAAACCAAGGUUUAUUAAC